AUGGAAGGAGGGCUGUCGCGAGGCAACCUUAAGCGUCCCUUUGUUGAAGACGCCGAGUCCAACAAACCCCCUUCGGAAAAGAGGGUGAGGUUUCCGAAAGGGAAGAAGGUGAGGUCGGGAGAUUAUGUAUUUGAGGAUUCACUUAGUAAAGAUGUUCCUAAUUGGAGUGAUCCACGGCUUGCUGCCAAAGAGCGUACGAUUAGGCGGAAUGAGAUUGCAGAGGAACUUCUUGAUGAUGAAAAUAGAGAUUUUCUCCCUGACAUAACGAAAGCCGAAGUCCAUUAUACGGAGAAUGAAACAUUUGUUGAGGAGGGCGUCCAGAUAGAUCCUUUUAAUCUGGAUAAAGAAAGAGAAGAAGGAUACUUUGAUGCUAAUGGAAAUUACAUCGAAUACGUGAAUGAAAAUGAGAUCAAGGAUGCGUGGCUUGAUAGUGUUGAUGUCUAUGAAAAGUAUACUGAGAAAAGUUCUAUUCCAACUAGUAAUGAUGAAGAAUCUCGUGACCUUACCCCCGAAGAACUUGCAAAAAUAAAGAGGCAGAUUGCUAAUGUUCUUGAGCCUGGAGAAACGGUUUUGCAAGCUUUAAGGAGAUUGAAAGGAACCUCAGGUAACAAGAAGCAGAAGAUGUCAGCAGAAACUAAACUGCUGUUUGAUCAGCUAACUGAAGAUGCUAUGAAACUGAUGGAGAGUGGGGAUUACAAUGUGUAUGAUGAAAAACAAGAGAGUUUCCAGCGUGAAGCAGAGGGUUAUGAGAAGUUAGCUCAGGCAAGGAUGCAGGGUACCUCCAUGAGUUCAGGACAGGAAAAGUCUUAUGAUAUUUUUAAUGAAGACCCAGUUCCAAAUGGGACUAACAUGAUUAGGCCAUCUUUUAUGCCAUCUAACGUCGACACGGGUACUUCAAAGCUUAGCAUUUCUACCACCACAGAUGACGGUGAUGAUGCUUUUGACAUGUUCGCGGAAGAUGAUGUAAAUACUUCUGUAAAUCCAGCCCCUGAUGGGAGUGAAUCUGUUCCUGUUCAGCCUUCUGAGGGUGGAGAUCUGCAGAAUGAUUAUGUAUAUGACGAAUCUUCUGGUUACUACUACAGCAGCAGUUUGGGUUACUACUAUGACCCUUCUUCGAGGCUAUAUUGCUAUGCAGCAUCAGGACAGUGGUACUCGUAUAAUGAAGAGUCAGGGAGCUAUGAUGAGGUUCAACAAACUGCGUCCAGCUUGAGCUGA